AUGCCCGACCACGGUAUCACACUGCAGAGGGAGCACCCAUGGCUGGCCGUCUUGCAGGCCGAAGCACCUGAACUUCGAGAACUGAUGUUGUCCAUACACGACCCACGCCCCCCAGGUGCUGCGAGCCUUGUAAUUGGAAACGGAUUCCUGCAGAGUGCACCGCGGCUGGCCAACAUGCGCCUCUCUGGUGUGGAAAUGUCUUGGCACCUCACGUCGUCGAUAAAUCUCCGUUCUCUCAAACUCGAUUACCCGAGCGUGACCACGUUCAAUCAUACCCUUGCGGACAUCGUGCAAAGUCUCCGAUGCAUGCCGAUGCUCGAGUGCCUUCAUCUUCGCUACGCGAUCCCCGACGAGGACGACGAGGAAGACGAGGAAGACGAGGACGACGAUGUACUCGGUGGGGGUGCACCCGUCUCCCUGCCACGUCUUCGUGUCUUGUUCAUCGGAGAUAUCGAGGGAUGCUGCCUCUCUUUGUGGUCCUCCCUUGACCUCGCCCCCGGGUGUUCUAUCUACCUGGAAAUUGACAGACUCUCAGCCGAUGACGACGUUCAACUCACUUCACUCAUUCGAGCCCAUCUCCUGUUACAGGAAGGCUAUUCUUACCGGCAUAUCUGCGUCGGCGACGAAAUCCAAGAGGACGAUGUCGUGCGAUUCUCCGCGCACACCACACUGGAAACCAUCCAACGGACCUCUCGAAGAGACCAUAAACACACAUACACCACCGAACAGGGCCCUCUCUUCUCCAUCUGUUUUCAGGCCCUAGGGAGGACUGCAGUAAUUCUGCCUUUACUUGCACUCUUUCCUCAGGUGGUAGUGGAGACGCUAUCAUUAUCUCUUCAUCACUACAGCCUGCGGGACCAUUCGCUGUCAAUUGUGCGCCAAUUUCCUGCCGUUCGAGAGUUGGAAGUCGUCGGUGUAAAGGAUGAUGGCUAUGAGCAUACCUUUGCUGAACAAUUCUCUUGGUUGUUCGCCAAUCGCCUCUCACCACGUUCACCGGAUGCCAUACGAACACACGGAGCCGAGCGAUACCUGCCCUACCUGCGUAUGUUGCGUCUCAGCAACUUCGAGUUCUCCGAGUUCUCCCACCUCACCGGCCGCAAACUUCGUGAGGAUCUUUCGUGUGCUUUUGGGCGUCGCAAGGCUGCUGGCCUGAGCAAUCCGGUACUCAAGGUCACGCACUCCGGACUGAAGGCCUCGUGGGUGGGUAUGUGGGAGAAGUGGGUUGCAGUGGAGCGCGGUCAUGGAUGUUGGCGUAUCAACGAGGGAGCAGAGAGCGAUGAGGGUGAGGGUGAGAAAUCGGAUGGAGAAAACUCUGAGUAA